AUGCUCUUCUCUAAGUCUGUGCUGCUGGCAGCUCUCUCCAGCAGCGCCGUUGCUCACCGUGUCCACGGUCAUGCUCGUCGCCAGGCCAUUCCCACUACGACCGUGACUGAGCUCGUCACCGUUGCUGCCUGUGCUGCUAUCGAAUCUUCAACCCCAGCAUGGAGUUCUUCGGCCGUGGUGACUCCCACCCCGACUCCCGAGUACACUUCUACUCCCGCUCCUGAGGAAUCUACCAGCACUCCCACCCCGACCCCGGAGUCAACCUCCACUCCUGAGCCGACUACUUCGGCUGUGCCGACUACGUCCUCCGUGGAGAUCAAGGAGGCCGUGGAGAUCACGACUUCCUCCACCUCGACCUCGACCUCUUCUGUCGUGGUCUCUACGUCGACCUCCUCUGUCGUGGUCUCGACCUCGACUUCCGUCGCUACUUCGACCGACUCCGGCUCCAGCGCCAGCUGGACCGAGAUCCCCUCCGACGGUGUCUACUCCACCUCUGGAUUCGGCACUGCCACUAACUCCUCCGGCUCCGGCGACACUUACUCCGGUAACGUCGGCAGCCCAUACGGCAGCAACAUCAUCUCCGUCUCCGCCGACGUUGCUUACACCUACAAGUAUGUCGUUGAGUUCACUGGCUCCAACACCGACGACUGGCUGGUCGUCAUCUGGAACAAGUACAGCUCCGAUGGCACCAUGGACGGCUGGUACGGUAAAGCUUGUCACAAGUUCACUCUCGCCGCCGGUGAGACCAAGUACUACGCUUUCGACUACGAUUCCCAGGGUGGUUGGGCCGCCGCCAAGGGCUCUUCCAUCCCCACUGACGACUACGGCGGUUACGCCUCCACCUGGGGAGAGUUCGACUUUGGCUCCACCGCUAACUCGGGCUGGUCUGGCUUCGACGUCUCGGCCAUUAUGGCUCAAGAUGCCGAUCUCACCGUGCAGGGUAUGAAGAUCUGUGAUGCCUACAACACUGAUGGUACUUGCUCGUACAUCACUACUGACGCUGGUACUGUUCACAAUGCCUACACCAGUGCUGAGACCGACGUCGGUGGUAUUGGCGGUAACCUUAGCGCUGGUCCUGUUCGUCUGUCUGUGGUUAUCGACUACGACAACUAG